AUGUCCAAGCGAAUCGCAAUCCAGCGGGCGAGAGGUUUCCUCGCUGAUGCGGGGCCGACCGAGUCCGGCAUGCUCGAAGCGGAAGCGGUGGUGCACUUGGCGCAGCACCUUUCCGACGCGAUCCGAACCGCAGCAGAGGGGAAGAAGACGAGACCGUCUCGCUCGUCUUGCUUGCAGCUGGCACUGCAGGUAUUGCUGACCGCGUUCGGGCUGCGCAGAGCCGCUCUUGUGGACGCUCUGAGCCUCACACCAGCCCAAGCGCGUGCUGUCGGUUCCAAGCUCGAGGCAGUCAACGAGGAUGGAUCCCACUCAGAAGCUGAGGCGCUGAGCCAAGUCUGCCUGCUCUUCCACACUCCCUCCUCGCAGACGUUCAUUGUGAGCAGAAGGGCGGAGCUCUGGACGGAUGCCAACUCUCCAACCGUGUGGGUCGACUGCCGCGCAAGACUGGAGCAUGCAUCGCCCAACCUUAUCGAGCCGGACGCACAUGUCAAUUCGCUCAUCACGGCUGUGCGAGACGCCGUUCUUGCCUGCGGCCCCGCCGACGUGCUCAUUGUUCCUUUUCCCACGACGGAAGAGCCGAUGGAGCUUGACUCGCUGCAAUCGGAAGCUCAGCUGGUCGGGAUUGCACUUGCUGGUUUCCUCCUGGAGUAUGCAGCGGUAUACUGCCUGCAUGACACCUCGUCGCUAGCGGACGUCAACAACCUCCGCUACAACAUCCGACCCCUGCAAGUGACUGACCUGCCGCACGCCGACGUCGAGUACACGAGCUCUCCUCAGAACAGUCUAGCCUCCCAGCCAUUGGUCCUGUUCCGAGUGACGUGGAUACGCGAGCCUUCAUUUGCCAGCUCACAUGCUUCCGAACUGGAACUGUUGGCCUUCUCAAUCCCGCAGUCCCUUGUGACCAAGUUCGACCCGGGCAACUUCCGCUCGGGUCUCGCGACCACGUUCCAGAGCCGUCUGCACCACAUUAGCUCUUCCUUUGCAUCCCCAUUUGCCAAUUUGUUAGCAUCCGGAAUUACCUCUGUCGAGACCAACCCUGUCACACUUCACAAGGUAGCCUUGUAA